AUGGCCUCAUCUUUACCACCAUUUCCUCCGUUCAAUGUUGAAGACGACCCCACCGCGACCGGUCAACGCUGGACUAAAUGGAAAAAACGUUUCGAAAAUUUUCUUCUUGCCAUGGAUAUCGACGAUGAGACACGCAAACGCGCACUUCUUUUGCACUAUAUUGGCUCGUCAGCAUUUGAUAUAUUCGAGACUUUAACGGAUACCGGUGACGAGAAAGACUACAAGAAAGCGAUGGAUCGCCUAACCGAACAUUUUACGCCGCAACGCAACGUUGAUUAUGAAAUAUACCUCUUUCGUCAAGCUCGUCAACAACCAACUGAGACGCUCGAUCAAUUUACAACUCGUCUGCGCCAACUGGCCUCAACUUGCGAAUUUACCUCUAUUGAGAAAGAAAUCAAAUCGCAGAUAAUCCUCAACUGCUCCUCGUCUCACCUUCGUCGACGCGCACUUCGUGACUCACCCUUAACCCUCAAAGCACUUCUUGAUCUCGGUCGCGCCAUGGAAAUAUCAGAAAAACAAGCCUCUCAGUCUGGCAUUGAAUCUCAAUCCAUUUCUCCUGAUGAAACUGAACUUUUAAACUAUACUCGUUUGUCUCAGCGUUCUCAAUCCCGUCAAUCGCCGUCUCCUCCUUUCCCACGUUCUCGAGAGUUCCCUAGCCCAUCCUGUACGUGUGGACAUUGUGGCUAUGCCUAUCCCCAUCCACAAGGUCAAGUCAGCUGUCCUGCGCGCGGCUCCCAGUGUCGUUCGUGCGGAAAAAUGAAACAUUUUGCCCGUUGUUGUCGAUCUAAACCUAUCAGACCAACGUUUGCUGAAAGUAGCUCCUCCCGUCCUCAAUCGCGUUUUCAACCACCCCCUCCUAACUCCUUUCCACGUCAACCCCCUCCACGCGAGAUUCGCCACGUUACCGACACUCAACAAUAUCCCACCUCUGACGAUGAGUAUCUUUUCACAGUAGCUAUUUCCCAAGUCGGUAAUUCAACCACCCCGAAGGCCAAAGUUAUGAUUGCAAAUGUCCCACUUCAAAUGUUGAUUGAUUCCGGCGCCAGCAUUAAUGUUAUUGAUGAAAAGGCUUAUCACGCCAUCACGAAAUCUCCGCAGAAUAAUCCGCUUUCAUUACGUCAUACCUCCACGAAAAUCUACAGUUACGGCGGUACUUCACCUUUACCUGUUCUUGGAACAUUCUACACUCGCGUUGAAUCGAAAACCCGCACAACUCCUGCUACUAUCUACGUUAUUAAGGGCGAAAAUGGUUGCCUUUUAAGCUACAAAACUGCAACUGAAUUAGAACUUAUCUCUGUCAUCGCUCAAACCAACGCAUCUGUCAACACCACCACACCGCUUUCCGCACUUAGCAGCCACACAAUUACGUUCUGA